CCUUCGACCGACGACGGAAGAUAUGUUUCAUUGUCCAAGUGGAGAGGGGUAAAUGAGUAGAUCUUCGGUGUGUAGUGAACGCACAUGGCUAUCCGGACCUUUUAUACUGGACGGCACCCAGUGGCGCAUGUGUUCCCCUCAUGACGGCAAAGUAGCCUGAAGGAGAAUCGUGCUAUGCCGUCAUGCAUAAAAGCCAUUCGCUAGUAGCAGGAUCAGAAGUACCACCUGCUCAUCGAGCCAUUCGCUAUUGUCUCUUUCAUGGCCUGUGGCCUACUUACUAUAUUCAACAGAGGUACGGAAACAUGGGGUAUACGCGUACGCGACCGCCGCGGCCACUGCACAUUUCGCACAUACGAACUUACUCGUCCCUUUUUACGUCUCUGCCCCCAAGUCUUUACCUCAACGGAGACAGGACCCGGCACCCAACCCAGAUGCGCAUCUCCUCCGCAUACAGAGGGCCGAGCACGACUGCGCAGCGGCCACACUAGCCCCAAACGGCACCCUCUUCUCCCUGGCUCCUAGAAGCACUCCUCCUUCUA